UAAAAUAACUAACAAUCAUGUAAUGGCUGCAGUUCGUGUUGUGACGAUUAAACUUCCUUGUCCUUAUGUUUAAUUGAGGAGGGAGAUAUCGCACACUUUAACGAAGCGGCUGUUGCAGAUUGUCAACAUUAGUAAAUAUAAUUUCUUGAUGGAGACGCUGCAGAAGAGCAUGAAAAAACAAUCAUCAAGAUACCCCAUGCAGGAAGAUAUUGGUGGUGAUAAUGAAUUUGAAAAAACUGAUGAAUUCCAAUCACUUGUUGCUAAAACACUGACAGACAUUCUGGAUCAGCAUCUGGAACUUACUGAUAGAAAAACUUCGCAAUGUCAAGUGAAUGGUGAUACUAAUGAAGAAGGUGUAAAAUUAUUCUCCUCUUCCACCUGCCCAUUAAGACAUUGUGAGCAGCCUUUCACAACACCAGUGCGAAAGAAGAGAACUUACAGCACAUCAAGCAAUAGUUCUGAAGAUGAAAGGUUGGCAGAAUCCGCAGUGACUCAAGACUUCAUAUUCCAAGACAGCAAAAUUGACAAUUCGAAGCAAACUUGCACAACAAAUGGCUUGUUAAACAAACCUGGACAACAGAACCAUGAUAAUGAUACUGAUGUGAUAGCUAAUAAAAGAACUAAGAAAAAAAAGAAAAAGAAAAAAUGUAUUAAACAAGUCAGUGAUGAUGACACUUAAAAUGA